UUAGCAACUUUAGAUGGAGAGAGUAACACUGAUGAGCAAGCUAAAUCACCAGGAAGUAGUUUAGAUGGAGUUAUGAAGAUCGAGCAAGCUCCUGAAUCACCAGGAACUUUAGAUGGAGGUCGUGAAUUAUCACGAAAUUCGCCAGUGGUGGAGACGGAGAAAAUCCCUGAAGAGAAUGGAAAUGCACAAGUUUCAGAUGGGAAAAAGGAGAAAGAGCAAGGGAAGAGUGUAGUUCCAUACUACAAGUUGUUUUCCUUUGCUGACUCUUUUGAUUAUUUUUUGAUGUUUUAGGGUACAAUUGCUGCUAUUGGAAAAGGGCUCUGCAUGCCACUUAUGUCUUUAUUAUUGGGAGAGUUGAUUGAUGCUGCUGGAAAACCUACCUCCACUACCGUUAUGGUGCAUGGAGUUUUCAAGGUUUCCCUGAAAUUUGUUUACUUGGCUUUGGGUGCCUGUGCUGCAUCCUUUCUUCAGGUGAGUAGCUGGACACUCACAGGGGAGAGGCAGGCUGCAAGGAUAAGAAGUUUAUAUUUGAAAACAAUAUUGAGGCAAGAAAUUGGCUUCUUUGAUAAGGAAACUAGCACCGGAGAAAUUGUUGGAAGAAUGUCAGGUGACACUAUUCUUAUUCAAGAAGCCAUGGGUGAGAAGGUUGCAUCAUAUACAGGGGAGCAACUAGCAAUUUCUAAGUACAACAAGUCUUUGAUUAAAGCAUACAAGUCUAGUGUACAACAAGGAUUGGCUACUGGCUUAGGUAUGGGUAUUGUAAUGUUUAUCUCAUAUUGUGGCUAUGGAUUGGCAGUGUGGUUCGGUGGAAGAAUGAUAAUUGAUAAGGGAUACACAGGAGGAGAUGUCCUCAUUGUGAUUUUUGGUGUGUUGCUUGGCUCUGCGUCUCUAGGGCAGGCAAGUCCAUCUUUGAGCGCAUUUGCUGCUGGACAAGCUGCAGCAUUUAAAAUGUUCGAGGCAAUCAAUAGGAGGCCUGAUAUUGACGCUUAUGAUACUAAUGGAAGGAAACUGGAUGAAAUUCGUGGUGAUAUUGAAUUAAAGGAUGUUAGUUUCAGUUAUCCAGCAAGACCAGAUGAACAAAUAUUAAUUGGAUUCUCUCUUUCAAUACCGAGUGGUACAACUGCUGCUCUGGUUGGGCAGAGUGGAAGCGGGAAAUCAACAGUAAUCAGUUUGAUAGAUAGAUUUUAUGAUCCACAGGCUGGUGAAGUACUUAUAGACGGCGUUAAUCUCAGAGAGUUUCAGCUUAAAUGGAUCAGAGAGAAAAUAGGUCUUGUCAGCCAGGAACCUGUGUUGUUUUCGUCAAGCAUUAGAGACAAUAUUGCUUACGGGAAGAUUGGUGCAACUAAUAAAGAAAUAGAAGCUGCUGCAGAGCUUGCAAAUGCUGCUAACUUCAUAAAUAAGCUACCUCAGGGACUAGACACAAUGGUUGGAGAACAUGGGAUUCAGCUAUCGGGGGGCCAAAAGCAGAGAGUUGCUAUAGCAAGAGCCACCCUGAAAGAUUCAAGAAUCCUACUUCUUGAUGAAGCCACAAGCGCUCUUGAUGCUGAAUCUGAAAGAGUGGUGCAAGAGGCACUUGAAAGAGUUAUGGUCAACCGAACAACUGUCCUUGUAGCUCAUCGCUUGACUACAGUGAGGAAGGCAGAUAUGAUAGCUGUUAUUGAGAAAGGGAAGAUUGUCGAAAAAGGUUCACAUUUUGAGCUACUCAAGGAUCAUGAUGGAGCAUAUAGCCAGCUCAUACGGUUGCAGGAAAUUGGCAAAGAGUCACAAAAAGAUGCUUCAAUUCAGUCAGACAGUGGUCGUCAUUCCUGGGUCCAAUAUGUUGCGUCUCCCAUAAGUAGAAUUUCUGAUAGAUCACCUGAAAUGUCACCUGAAAAAUCACCUGAAAAAUCAAUUGAUAGUACUCCUGCUUCAGAAAAACCACAGAUUUCUCAACAAGUCUCACUUAGCCGCUUGGCUCGUCUUAAUAGCCCUGAGAUACCUAUGUUAAUACUAGGUUCUAUAUUUGCUGCAGCCAAUGGAGUAAUAUUACCAAUUUUUGGGAUGGUGCUUGCCAGUGUUAUUAAAACUUUCUACGAGCCCGAAGAAAAACUGAAGAGAGAUUCCUCAUUUUGGGCAUUAAUAUUUGUGGCUAUUGGUGUGGCUUGUUUUCUGAGUUUCCCAAUGAGCUCAUACUUUUUUGGUGUAGCAGGCUGCAAGUUGAUAAAGCGAAUACGAUCAAUGUGCUUUGAGAAAGUGGUACACAUGGAGAUAGGUUGGUUUGAUGAAGCUGAGCAUUCGAGUGGUGCCAUUGGUGCAAGGCUUUCUUCAGAUGCAGCUUCAGUACGAAGUUCGGUUGGUGACACACUCGCUUUGCUUGUUCAGAAUGCUGCAACAGCAGCUGCAGGCUUGAUAAUUGGUUUCAAAACAAACUGGGAAUUGUCUUUGAUAAUCCUUGCCUUCUUUCCUCUGUUGGGACUUAGUGCUUAUGGUCAAAUGAAGGCGAUAUACUUUAGCAGCGUUAGCGGUAAUGAUAAGAAAAUGUAUGAGGAAGCUAGUCAGGUUGUGAGUGAUGCAGUUGGCAGCAUUAGAACCGUAGCUUCCUUCUGUACCGAAGAGAAGGUAAUUGAACUAUAUCAGAAGAAAUGUGAUGGCCCAGUUAAGGCAAAGAUAAAGCAAGGAUUGAUUAGAGGAUUAUGCUAUGGGCUAUCCUUCUUCUUUUUCUUUUUUAUCUAUGCAGUCGAAUUUUUUAUUGGAGGCAUAUUAGUUAACCAUGGCAGGACAACAUUCAAUGACUUUUUUCAUGUGUUUUUUGCUCUCAGUAUGACAGCCUUUGGAAUUUCAAGAACGACCUCUCUAGCUCCUGAUGUUGCUAAAGCUAAGAGUUCCAGUGCUUCUGUAUUUGGGCUUCUUGACCAGAUAUCCAAAAUAGACUCAAGUGAUAACACUGGAACAACAUUGGACAAUGUUAGAGGUGAAGUUGAGCUUCGACAUGUCAGUUUCAAGUAUCCAACAAGACCUGAUACUGAAAUUUUCCAUGAUCUUUGCUUGACCAUACAUUCUGGCAAGAUGGUUGCUCUAGUUGGAGAAAGUGGGAGUGGUAAAUCGACAGUGAUCUCUCUAUUGCAGAGAUUUUAUGAUCCUAAUUCAGGUCACAUUACUCUAGAUGGAAUAGAAAUCCAAAGGCUACAACUGAAAUGGUUAAGGCAGCAGAUGGGCUUGGUGAGUCAGGAGCCUGUGUUAUUCAAUGACACCAUCCGAGCCAAUAUUGCAUAUGGAAAGGAGGGAGAUGCAACAGAAAGUGAAAUUUUGGUUGCAGCAGAAUUAGCUAAUGCCCACAGCUUCAUUAGUGGCUUACAACAGGGAUAUGAUACAUCAGUGGGAGAAAGAGGAAUCCAAUUAUCUGGGGGACAAAAACAACGAGUAGCUAUUGCGCGUGCUAUUGUGAAGGCUCCAAAACUUUUAUUGCUAGACGAAGCCACUAGCGCUCUUGACCUGGAGUCUGAACGAGUGGUUCAAGAUGCAUUAGAUCGAGUUAUGAAGGAUCGAACUACAAUUAUGGUAGCCCAUCGGUUAUCCACAAUUAGGAAUGCAGACGUGAUUGCAGUGAUUAAAGAUGGAGUCAUAGUAGAAAAAGGAAACCAUGAAACUAUAAUCAAUGUGAAGAAUGGUGUUUAUGCAUCCUUGUUAGCACUUCAUACAAGUGCAUCAAAUUAAGUGCUUAUGCUCCUGCUUCACUCUGUUUGUAGUUUGUUUAUGGGCUAUUUUGCUCUCUUAUGUUGUUCUAUAUAUAAUUUUCUUGUUUCUGGAAACACUAAGAAUGUAAGUUUCAGAGGAAUGAAGAUGAAGAAGUAGGUUUCA